GAAGCAUAAAGAAAAAUGUCUGGACUGGCGGCAGUUCUUUUGCACUUGCUAAUUGUGAGUACUUGGCAAGGAUCGCUGUCAAGACCCAACGAGGAUUGUGAUCGCUACUGCUUCUCAACGAUGAGGACAGUAAUGGAUCAUGUUGUAGCCAACAAUGAGGAAAAAAGUACUUGUAAGUCUGCGAAUGAUUCCCUUGCUUUGCAAGAGGCCAUUAGCAGCGUGAAGGCUUCUCUGGAGUCCAAGGAUGUAAAGCUGGACAGGCUCCAGAGUCAGCUGAUUGCCACGCAGGAAUCUAUUCAGAAGUUAAUACCUCAGGGUCUUCAGGAGAAACUAAGCAGGACAGAGAGCCAACUUAAUGACCUAGAAAAUAAACUGCAAUCUAUGCAGAGCCAGAUGGACAGCCACCUCACAGCUAUUAAGGCAACCCUAUCGAAGCUCGAAGUAAAAUCCAUACCACAAGGCUUCGAGCGUAUCGGCCAAAGAUACUUUUAUAUCCAAGAAAAUAAAAAGGAAAAUUGGGUUGAUGCCCAGGACACCUGUCGUCGGAUGGGAGGACACUUAGCCUCCAUUCAAAAUAAAGAGGAAUUCGACGCCAUUGUUGACAGGAUCGACCGCGAUGGAGCUUACUUUCUGGGCAUCAAUGAUCGAGCCCAAAAGGACCGCUUUUUGUCUAGAGCCUCCGGAACGACAGCUUCCUUUUUAAAGUGGCGUGUUGGUGAACCGAGUCACAGCAACGACCAAGAGCGUUGCGUUACUGUCGCAAGCGGAGAUAUGUAUGUCGGCAAUUGCUCUUAUGAGAAAAGAUUCAUUUGCCAAUCAGAUGACAACAUAUAAUGAAAAACAAGAACUUCCUUCUCCAUAUCAAUGUCAAUAUCAAUUUCCUUAAAAAUAUAUGGCC